AUGUCUUCGCCAACGUCUUCCACCACGGCUCAGCAGCAAAGCGAAGCGCGGGCAGCAGUGCUUGCAUCUCUUUCCUCAAUUGGCACAUCAGUCGAUGCCGAUCUUCGCACGCGUACGGCAGACCUGCACGCCAACUCUGCAGCCAUUGCCAAGCAGGAAAAGGAACUUGCAAAGCAGACUGCUGCGCUGAAGAAGGAGAGCGACAAGUGGCAGAAGCUUGGUGAUACAAGCACAAAAAAGCUAAACGAGAUUGGCGACGUGCAGAACUGGGCCGAGAUGUUGGAGAGAGAUUUGCUGGUGUUGGAAGAAACCCUCAGGCUCGUAAACGACAACAAGGCCAGUGGUGUGUUGAGGGAAGCUUGA